CGCUCCGCAGUUCGCGGUCUGCCGGCGCCCCGGCACACACCGAGCGCUGGAGGCUCCGCCGCGCCGCCUGCCAAGCCGGGAUCUACCGCCGCGCUGUUUCAGCCCCGUCUUUCUUCUCCUCUCCGCAUCACCCGCUUCCCUCGAUCUUAGAGAAUUGUCCGUGUUCCGGGAGAAUUUGGGAUUAUUUUUCUACGGGGGGUGUCAAGGCAUCCCGCCCUCCCGCGCCGCCUGCUCCACCUGCCCUUGCGCCUUUCUUCUGCUUUCCCCCCGCCUGCCUCUCCGCCAAGCCCGGGCUGAUGUGCUGUGCGAGAGGCUGGAAAUGGAAGUGUUGAUGCUCUGGCUUUUCCCCUGGAUAUUUCAGUGCGUUUCGGUGCGGGCGGACUCCAUCAUCCACAUCGGUGCCAUUUUUGAGGGCAAUGCUGCCAAGGACGACGAGGUGUUCAAGCAGGCGGUGUCGGAUCUGAACCUCAAUGACGACAUCCUCCAGAGCGAGAAAAUCACUUACUCCAUCAAGCUCAUAGAGGCCAACAACCCCUUCCAUGCGGUGCAGGAAGCCUGCGACCUGAUGACCCUGGGGAUCUUAGCCUUGGUGACAUCCACAGGUUGUGCCUCAGCCAAUGCCCUGCAGUCCCUGACGGAUGCCAUGCACAUCCCACAUCUCUUUGUGCAGCGCAACACGGGAGGCUCCCCACGUACGGCCUGUCACCUGAACCCCAGCCUGGAGGAGGAGGAGUACACACUGGCUGCCCGGCCACCAGUCCGUCUCAACGAUGUUAUGCUGAAACUGGUCACUGAGCUGCGGUGGCAGAAAUUCAUCGUCUUUUAUGACAGUGAUUACGAUAUACGUGGACUGCAGGGAUUUCUCGAUCAAGCCUCCAGACUGGGACUUGAUGUGUCAUUACAAAAAGUGGACAGGAACAUCAGCAGAGUCUUCGCCAACCUUUUCACUACAAUGAAAACAGAAGAGCUGAACCGCUAUCGGGACACAUUACGGAGGGCUAUCUUACUUCUGAGCCCACGGGGAGCCCAGACUUUUAUUAAUGAGGCUGUGGAAACCAACCUUGCAUCAAAAGAUAGUCACUGGGUGUAUGUAAAUGAGGAAAUCACUGAUAAUGAAAUAUUGGAGUUGGUACAUAGUGCUCUUGGGAGGAUGACAGUUAUCCGGCAGAUUUUCCCUCUCUCAAAGGACAACAAUCAAAGGUGCAUGAGGAACAAUCACCGAAUAUCAUCACUGCUCUGUGAUCCACAAGAAGGCUAUCUUCAGAUGCUGCAGGUUUCCAACCUGUACCUGUAUGACAGUGUGCUCAUGCUAGCCAAUGCUUUCCACAGAAAACUGGAGGACAGGAAAUGGCACAGCAUGGCAAGCCUGAAUUGCAUGAGAAAAUCCACCAAACCUUGGAACGGAGGACGAUCCAUGCUUGAGACUAUUAAGAAGGGCCAUAUAACUGGGCUUACUGGUGUUAUGGAGUUCAGAGAAGAUGGUGCCAACCCCUAUGUUCAAUUUGAAAUACUGGGCACUAGCUACAGUGAAACAUUUGGCAAAGAUGUCCGGAGGUUGGCAACGUGGGACUCUGAGAAAGGACUGAAUGGUAGCCUGCAAGAACGACGUCUGGGAAGUGAUUUACAAGGACUGACACUCAAAGUGGUGACUGUCUUGGAAGAACCUUUUGUGAUGGUGGCGGAGAACAUACUUGGGCAACCAAAACGUUACAAAGGAUUUUCCAUUGAUGUCCUGGAUGCACUGGCCAAGAAUCUGGGCUUCAAAUAUGAGAUAUAUCAAGCUCCUGAUGGGAAAUAUGGACAACAGCUUCAGAAUGGCUCCUGGAAUGGCAUGAUUGGAGAACUUAUUAACAAGAGAGCAGAUCUAGCAAUUUCAGCCAUCACUAUAACACCUGAACGAGAGAGCGUUGUGGACUUCAGCAAGCGGUACAUGGACUAUUCAGUGGGAAUCUUGAUCAAGAAGCCUGAAGAGAAAAUCAACAUCUUCUCUCUCUUUGCUCCUUUUGACUUUGCGGUGUGGGCUUGCAUUGCUGCUGCCAUCCCUAUAGUUGGUGUCUUGAUAUUUGUCUUGAACCGGAUCCAGGCAGUCAGGGCACAGAACACCUCCCAGCCAAGCCCUUCUGCCUCCUCCACCCUGCACAGUGCCAUCUGGGUUGUGUAUGGCGCCUUUGUUCAGCAAGGAGGCGAAUCUACUGUCAAUUCUGUGGCUAUGCGCAUUGUGAUGGGAAGCUGGUGGCUCUUUACCCUUAUCGUGUGCUCAUCCUACACAGCAAACUUAGCAGCAUUUCUCACAGUAUCGAGGAUGGAUAAUCCUAUAAGAACAUUUCAGGAUCUGUCUAAACAAAUGGAUAUAUCCUAUGGCACAGUCAGGGACUCGGCAGUCUAUGAAUACUUCAAAGCAAAAGGAACAAACCCUCUGGAGCAGGAUAACACAUUUGCUGAACUGUGGAGGACAAUAAGUAAGAAUAAUGGGGCAGAUAACUGUGUAUCGAACCCUUCUGAAGGCAUCAGGAAGGCAAAGAAAGGAAAUUAUGCAUUCCUGUGGGAUGUGGCAGUGGUGGAAUAUGCUGCACUGACAGAUGAUGAAUGCUCUGUGACAGUCAUUGGUAACAGCAUCAGCAGCAAAGGAUAUGGGAUUGCGCUCCAGCAUGGAAGCCCCUACAGAGAUCUUUUCUCCCAGAGGAUCUUAGAGUUGCAAGAAAGUGGAGAUUUGGAUGUUCUUAAACAAAAAUGGUGGCCACGGAUGGGACGUUGUGACCUGAAUAGCCAUACAAAUGCACAGACAGAUGGGAAGGCUCUCAAGCUGCACAGUUUUGCAGGCGUUUUCUGCAUUUUGGCAAUAGGCCUUCUUCUUGCCUGCUUAGUGGCAGCAUUGGAGUUGUGGUGGAACAGCAACCGUUGUCAUCAAGAAACACCGAAAGAGGUACAGCAUGGGCAGCAGCAGUGCAAACUUCCCCACAUUGCCCCACCAAUGUGCCUCAACCCUGACCUGGAGAGACCACCUUUAGGGGAUAAAGAAGUGAACCUGGAGCAGGUCCACAGACGCAUGAACAGUUUAAUCGAUGAAGACAUAGCCCACAAGCAGAUCUCUCCAGCGUCCAUCGAAAUCUCAGCCUUGGAGAUCGGUGGCAUGCAGCCAGCUCAGACCCUGGAGCCGGUACGCGAAUACCAGAACACGCAACUUUCUGUCACCACCUUUUUACCAGAACAGACAACUCAUGGUGCCAGCAGGACACUCACAGCUGCCUCUGGCAGCAACCUGCCGCUGCCCCUGAGCAGCUCGGCCACCAUGCCCUCCAUACAGUGUAAACACAGGUCGCCAAAUGGAGGACUAUUUCGUCAGAGCCCUGUGAAAACCCCAAUCCCUAUGUCAUUUCAGUCUGUGCCGGGGGGAGUCAUUCCAGAAGCAAUGGAGCCCUCUCACGGAACAUCCAUUUGAUGAAAACAAACAGUAACACAACCAGCAGAGCUUUUUAAUACAAAAUUAAAAACAACAAAAAAAAACAGCAAAGAAACUCUUACAUUUUUCUUGUAUAUAAGUGUAAAUAAUGAAAGAAUGAAGUGGGGUAAAAGUGUAUUUUGAAUAUUCCCAAUUUUCGAAGUCAGUAAAAAACAAAAGAAAAAAAAACAAAAAUGUAUGAAUGACUUUGUAAAUUUUGUUCUAUAUGAAUAAAAAGGCAAACUACUUGUGAUCGUUCUCAAGUGCCAAAGAAGACCAGUUACUGGGACUGAGGGACGUACAUUAUUUUUUCUGUGGAUUGCAACAUGUAUUCCUUUCUUGUUCUUGUUUUCAGAGCGAAUUUUAUCCAUUUCUUGCCAGGAAAGUUCACCGUGCUCAGACCUCUCCUUUCCCUAGAACCCUAUCACUGGCAAUUCAUUUGGAGAGUUUAGCAGCUGGUAUUAGAAUAAUGGUAGCAAAUGUUUUAAACCUGAGUUAAAACUAAAACCCAGCAAGUGAUGGAAAUGAACUUUUGCUUUCUAACAAGGAUUGAGACAUCCACGCAGUUCUUAAGUUUAAGCACAGGAUUAUGGAAUGAUGUUUUUACACGUGUACUGUGCUGUGUGUCUCUUCUUAUUUAAUCUAUGUUUUGUUAUAUGUGUAUAUAAAAUAUAUAUGCUAUAUAGCAUAUAUAUUUCAUAUAUAUAAAUGCUUCGAUAAGAAACAAGUUUCUGGUUAUGGGUAACGCUGUUAAGAAAAAACUGAUCAGCUCUUUUUUUUGUCUUACGUAGACGAAUGCAAAAGGAGAGUAACCAGUGGCUGAAAGGACAGAGAGAAGGGAGAGCUUGAGCAGGCAGGAGGUAAUGGCACUGCAGUGACUGUGCCCUCUGGUGCCGUUCCUUUCUUUAAGAUUUCAAGGAAUUUGCUGCAUAAUGGAUGUAACGCUUGCAGCUGAAGUUAUAUCCCUGAAUGACAAGGCUAAGCUCAUGACUACAAGCACAACUCUGCUUUUUUUUCUCACUGAUUUUAUAAAGAGAAAUAUGUUAAUGGCCAUGUCUAUAAUAUUGGUAGAAGUGGCCAUUAAAAGGUUUUGGUUUUUUGUCUGUGAAACACAGUCAAAGGACAAAGAUAAAGCAACAUGUAUAGCUAAUUUAAUGUCUUAUUCUGCAAAUAUUACCAGUGCAAUUUCAUAUGACAAAAAAGGCAAAACCAAAACACGUUGUUUCAUUCCCAAAUAGUAGUUCUGAUGCUCAAGAUAACUGAUUACCCCUCGCCCACUCUUGCUAAUGGACAAUCAAUAGCUUCCAGAAUUGGGAUAAUUUAAUAUCUUCUCGUAUCCCUAUGGCUAGGUUGCAAGUUCCCUCUGUAGCUGCAUUUCUCCACUUAAUUAGUUAACACUGAUAUUUGGAAAAGGCUGUAGGUCUCGGUGCAGCAAAAUCACAGCCUACGUUAAGGUGGAAGACUGUGUUUGAACAGGGGGAAAAAUGCAUUCCCGUCCCCAGAAAAUCAGCAGGCAAUCUAGGUCAGGCUUUUGGAUAAGUAAACAUUUCAUUGAUCACUCCCAAUUUGAUCUGUAUUAUUAAUCAACAGGUAUAUUUAUAAGAUGAUAAAAGUCCCCAAUUUUUUACAUUUAUAUUUCAAGCAGUAGGGAAGAAAAAUCAAGCUUGGAUAUAAAAGCAGUCUCACAGAAGAGGAUACCCGGCACACAGUUUAAAUGAGGGAUACUGAUGGUGAGCUUCCAGAAGGAGGACUCUUGCAGGGAUUCAUUUGCUUCUGUUGUCAGGGUGGUUCCUCAGGAGCACAGCACAAUUUUGCAGUCUGGCACAAAUUACGCUAUUUGCCACAAAAUAAUUAAAAAUGAGUUAUGCUGUAUUCAGCUGACCAGAUUUAUCCCAUUUAGACGCUUGGCCCAUACAAGCCUGGGAUUUUUUUUUCCUUCCUCUUUUGUCAUAUUUUUCCCUCUUAUUCUCUACAGGAAAAGAUAGACAUUUCUUGUCCUGACUUUUCUACCUUCCAUGUACAGGCACCAGUUAGUUACAGCAGAAUGAGCUGCACAAGAAGGCUGUGCACUCCUACAUAUCUGCAAAAACGCAAAGAAGAAAGGACGCAACUGUUUGCAUUAGAAAAAAAAUCUCUUUUUUAAAUUCCCAAUGUAAGAUUUCUGAAGAGGUGCAAGGAGAUGCAUAGCUGCAAGUGUACAAGCUAGGGCUUGGUUGGAGCAGGUGCUUGGCAAUCACCCUCAUUCCUAGCAUCCUCUGAGCUGCUUGGCCACAUCCUCCCCUCUGGACGAUGAAGAGCCACGGUGAGCCCCCAGUGCAAGGCAGCACAGCUGUUGCUGUCCAUGAUGUAGGAAAUAAGUUCGUCAAGGGCUGCCUGAGCACGCAAGCAGGGGGCUGGAAUGCUGCUUUGGUUGAGGCAUCACUGCGUUCACAAAGUAUAUCAAGUCUUUUUUCACAUUGUAGUCUAAACCACAGUGCUGAAUAAUUUAAACUGAACUGCAUUUGUGGAACAAAUUGUGAACGUAGUAUAUUUGGGAGAUUAACAUUCUCCAUAUUCAACAUUCUUUUCCCGGCCCAGUCUUACCACAUUCUAUAAUGUUUGGAAGUGUGAUUUAAUUUAUAAAUGGUGCUGGAUCUGACUGGUUUUCAUGCACAGACUAUGAAAGACUUGUUUAAAAGCUCUGCAGGAUUACAUCUAAGACAAUCAGGAUCUUUCAGCAUCAAACCACACUAUCCUCAUUCAGAGAAUUAUUUAAGCGUGUGUGUAAGCCCUAUAGAAGCAGCUGCUUUAUGCACAGGUUGAAGUGCCUUGCUGAUUACUGAUGGAGUUAAAUGCAAGUACCAGACUAAAUAUAUGGUUAAUUUUAAGCAGGUGAAUGAGCUUGCCAAGCUCCAGGGGACUAUUCAGUUGCUUAAAGUUAACCAAUAAAAGUGCUUUGCUGCACCAGGGUCUAGGCUGUUAAAGUAGUAAUCCAUGAUGGCUAUGGCACUGCCUACUAAUUAUUUAUAUAAAAGUUAGCAAGUCAUAGCGUGGGCCUCUCAACCAUGGCAGAGAGCUGUUAAAUUUUUCAUGUGGUGGUGGUUUGGUUUUUAGAUUAUUAUGAACAAAUCACCAGGUUCUUCCUGAACAUAAACAAUGUUUCUUUCCCUUAACUUUCGGAGUGUAUAAUUUCCAUAUUCGAUCUCCUUUUUCAAAUACAUAUCUUUAUUUUGACAGCUCAAAGCGUACAUUUUCUAUAUAGUAUGUAUCCAUCACGCACUUGCAUAUAUAUAUAUAUAUAUACAUGCACAGUUAUUCACAGAUGAAGUGAGAAGUGUAAUUUCCAUGUGAUGUAAGUGAGUACAAGCUCAAAGCCCUGAGAGAGCGAUGCUUGUUUGCACCACUUACAGAUCUGACCCUUCCCUUUUAGUACCUGGCAAGUAGAAAAAAUGCAGAAAUUCCUGAAAGCUUUGAAGACCAAGCUGCGCCCUUGAUUUUCAAACAGAGCUUCCCUCUUAGUGUGCUUAAAAAGAAGAAUAAUGUCUGAUCCCAAAUAUUCCGUAUCCUCCAGGAUGUUUACAUUGCAAAGAUGACUGUACAAGAAAUGGAAAUUGAGUGCCUAUACCUUCCUUUUAUCGCGCUCUUUUGCUGAUGAACUUCUGCGAAAGUGACAUCUGUGGCACAGCACUUGUAGUGCGUCUUGUUCUAUUUAUCCAUUAGUUUAGAAAUAACUAUAUUUUCAUACAAAAAUGUGACUCAGUUUCUUCUAUUUGCUUGCAAUCUGCUUGCAAUUUGAAGGAUGCAUUGCUAUUAUUUCUUAGUAGUAUGUCAUGUUUUUUCUAUUGCAAUGAAAAAAAUAUAGUAAUUGUGCUUUUUAAUUUCAGAGUUGAAGCUUGAUAGAAUGUUUUAAUGCUGAGUUACAACUACAUGUGUGUGAUACUUGGCUUGCAAAGUGAAAGUCCCACCACCUGCCUUGCUUUGGUAACCUGCCACUGCUGCACUGUAGAUGAAGGCUCAGCAAAACAUCUCACUUUCUCUCUGCCUACUGACAGACAGAACACCUAGCCGUGGGUUCUCACCUGUGUAAGCCAGCAACCCUUCCAGUGAAAGGACCAGCCAGGCUUUGGCUCUUAACAGUGGGACUGCCAGCACUACUUCCCAUAAACUUGUAUUCAUUGCUAGCUCUGGAAAGGGAAAUGUUUUGAGAGCCUCAGAAAUGAAAACGUACCUGAAAGAAGAACUUAUAUCACUAUUAUUAAUAUCAUUUUGAGCACUUAACAUGGAUUUAAAUUUGAACUCGUAGCUGGAAUAGCUUAGAAAACAAAUUUAUUUUAAAACCUGUUCAAGCUUAGGUGUAUCUCUUCUCUAAGAAAGAUUACAAGCUUCUGGCUUGGUGGCAAACAGCCUUCCUUUCAAAGGAAACCAAAGUACAGCAACCACAGUGCUCAGACCUUUUUAUUUGAUUUUAUUUUAGUUUGCUUUGCUGAGUGGAACUUAUGAACAGCUAAAUAGUGACAAAGAACAAAAUGCAACAAAUUUGGGGAACGCUGUUGGAAAUUUUCUAAAAUAAUCCACACCCUAUUGCAACCUUGGGAAAUGCAAGGAGAAAGGUAGAAGAAAACGGUGAAGAGAAACAAAAUACAAGGUAAAAAUGGACGUGUGGUGAGGGGGGAGGGAGGAAAGGAUGGUUACAACUCAUCUAUCUUAAAUGUCUAGCAAAGCUCUAUUACUGUAUCAGAAGCAUAGAUUCCAUCAUACAAGCAGUUGCCUCAGUUAAUUAUUAUUUUCUUAACUUUUAGGAAACAAAUAAAAACAGCUUUUGUUCUACCAGAAGCAGUUGUUAUAUUAUUUAAGAGCUGGAAUUAUGUGUCUGCCAGUGCCAGGUUUUUUGGCUUGACUAUCAGCUGGGGGAAAUGAGCUCUGAUGAGUGAGGUGUCCCUGAGCCAGCUGUGGGCUGUUUGCAGGAUUGCACCCUGCUGGCUCGCUCGCUCUCAGCUGGGAAUAAUGAGCUGUGCUGAGCUGCUCAUAACCCUCCAGCCCUAGGGGCUGAGGGUCAGUUGGAGUUGUUCUUUAUGGCUUUGGUUGAGGUGUGUUGUUUUACUGCUCUUCAUACGGGAGGGAAGUAAUGCAGAGAUGUCUCUCCACACUUGUGAGGUACUACACAGAAGUCUCUGAGAGACAUUUCAAGGCUGUAGGCAUGAUAUGUUUGAAGGGCUGCAGAUGAGCAGGAGAUAAGAGAAUGCAAGUGCUGUUUCCCUUGGGCAUCGCUCCUUUUGCUGGGGCCAUUCAGAACUAACGCUUGGCUAUCAGAUUUUGUGGGACCGACCGCACAGCUCUUGUGCUGAAGGUCAGCUCCAGAAGCUUCCAGAAAGCCCACAAAUGCUGUACCAGCCACAAGUUCUGAAUGUGGUGCUGUGGCAGGAGCACUUUCUGACCAUGUGUUCCUUGUGGGUUGUUACUCUGCGGUAAUCUUACAGUGUGGAACUGUGCUAGUGGCCUGCCUGGUGAUUUAGAAAACUCAUGGUUGGUUUAAAUAAGUAACGUUCUGACAAAACCAAGUGUGCCAGCAUCUGGGAAGACCUGCGGCAAACUUCACAGAGGGAAUUUGGUGACAUCUUUCUCUGAAAAUAUCCAUGGUGAAUGAUACCAUCAGGCUAUCAACUUGCUGCAGUACCCUUUUAGCAAGUGGCUGAAGAAAUUUAAGUUAAACUGGCUGUGAAAAUCCAAAGUGAAUAGGGGGAGGGUUUAAAAAAUAGAAUCACAACUGAACAAAAAUUCACAGUGCUCAAGAAGAAAUAAGUCUCAUGCAAAUUUUCCUGGAAAUGUGCAGGUGAAAAGCACUUACUUGUCCUUGGUGCUGGAAAGGAGGAUCGGAGAGCUUUCUAGUCAACAUCAAGCAUUGUUAUUUCUUCACCGAUUGCUAAAUGCUGACUGUAAAUACCACACACUGCUUCCAAUUAUUCAUGUCUUGCAUCAGUUUUGAAACAGUCAAAAUAAUCUUGGGUAGGUAAGAAAGGAAGGAUACAGCAUCCCAGGAAGGUACCUCAGUGCUACUGCCUGCCUUUCCUAGCAGCAGCAUGAGGUAGGUAGCAGCCCCUGACAGACAGGAGCAUAUCAAGAUAGAUUACUAAGCAUUUACAAGAUAGAUCAAGCAGAACAAGAACUUCAUUUGAGAAAUGUUACACUAAUGCUUCACUAGACAGACCUCACAACUGUGGAAUACUAAUAAAUGAGGCAUUAUUUGUUAAAUAAAGGUGA